AUGACAGCCACAGCGUGGGACUCCAACCUCACAUCAACAAAUGGAAGUGAUCAGGCCUUCCAUGAAUCUGAUACACAGUUCAAGAUCCUGGAAUUACUGACAGCCUUCGUGGCCCUGGUGGGGCUGCCUGGGAACACAGUGGUGCUCUGGCUCCUGGGCUUCCGCAUGAGCAGGAACGCCUGCUCUGUCUACAUCCUCAACCUGGCGGGGGCUGACUUUCUCUUCCUCUGCUACCGAUUUAUACAUAGUCUAACUUUAGUUUUCAACUUUGAUUUUGUCUUUAGAGUAAUUAACAAAUUUCUCUGGCCCUUGUCAAUCUUUGCCUACAUCUCAGGCCUGAGCUUUCUCAGCGCCAUCAGCACGGAGCGCUGCCUGUCUGUCCUGUGGCCCAUCUGGCACCGCUGCCACCGGCCCAGACACAUGUCCACUGUCAUGUGUGCCCUGCUCUGGGCCCUGUCCCUGCUGCUGAGCAUGCUGGAAGGGAACUCCUGUGGCUUCCUUAGUUGGAAUGUGGAACAUGUUUGGUGCCCAGUGUGGGAUUUCAUCAGUGUGUCCUGGCUGAUUUUGUUAUUUGUGCUUCUCUCUGGGUUCAGCCUGGCCAUAAUGACCAGACUGUUGUGUGGCUCCCACCGGGUGCCGCCCACCAGGCUCUAUGUGACCCUCGUGCUCACGGUGCUGGUCUUCCUCCUCUGUGGCCUACCCUUCGGAAUCGACUGGUUCCUCUUAUUCUGGUUUGAUGCCUUCCCUCAUCUUGAGCACUUUGUAGUACUCCUGUCCUGUGUCAACAGCUGUGCCAACCCGAUCAUUUACUUCUUCGUUGGCUCCUUCAGGCAGCAAUGGUGGAAGCGGAGACACACCCUGAGACUGGUUCUCCAGAAGGCUCUGCAGGACACUCCUGAGGUGGAUGAACCUGGAGAAAGCCUUCCUGGAGAAACCCUGGCCAUGUCGGGAAGCAGUCUGGGGCAGGGAUGAGAGCCUCUGUCCUGAUCAGUCUGGAGUAACUUUGAGACUCACUGCUGCCCUGCCAGGCUUGGAAAGUAUCUAGUCUUCUCUCAGCCUCAGUCUCAGAAUGUGUC